CGCAGACCGCCCCGCGCGCACACGUGGGAACGCGCUGCGCACUCCCGCGCCGCGCUCUCUGAGUGACUCAGUGAAGGUUUCGGAUUGACCGCGCUGCUGUCAGCUGCCCUCCGGAACCGAGCGUCACCUCCCGGCCAAAACAUGUCCAAACUGGAGCAGAUCCUCAUCCUAGAGCCCGCAAACGACCUGAAGUUCAAAGGUCCUUUCACAGAUGUCGUCACUGCUAACCUGAAGCUAAAGAAUCCGUCAGACAGGAAAGUAUGUUUCAAAGUGAAGACCACAGCGCCGCGCAGAUACUGCGUACGGCCCAACAGCGGGAUCAUCGAGCCCGGAGCCACGCUCACCAUCUCAGUUAUGCUGCAGCCGUUUGAUUACGACCCCAACGAGAAAAGUAAACACAAGUUCAUGGUACAGACCAUCUUCGCCCCUGCAACCCUCACAGACACAGAAGCCUUGUGGAAAGACGCGAAACCAGAUGAGCUCAUGGAUUCCAAACUCAGAUGCGUGUUUGAGCUGCCGUCUGAAAACGAUAAAGUGCGCUCUAAGGCCAGGAACGUAUCCCACUGGAUUUGUACCGCUCCGACUUUGGCCUGGACAAAGCUCCGCUCGCCUCUCUCCAUGCGCCCUCCCACCGCAGGCGGCGCUAGAAACCGGAACGACGUCCAGGAAGUCAGGACUGCAGGGUCAGAGGUCAAGGUCUGUGAGGGUCAGAGCAGGCAGAACGCAUGUUCAGAGCAGAGAGUCUUCAGUAGGAACGACGUCGACGCUGCUGCUAAAUCCGCGGCCGUGCUCAACUCCUCUAAAGUGGACGGGCCGCUGGCACAGAAGCCCAUCAGCGCCGCCCUGGACGACUCGGAGAGGAAGAAGGUUCUGGAGGAGUGCAAACGGUUGCAGACGGAGGUCAGCAAGCUGAACGAGGAGAAUCGCCAGCUGAAGGACGAGGGCUUGAGACUGAGAAAGUUCCAGCGCAGCGAACACGCAACGACCAACUCCAGCUCUCUGAUUGGACGAGAGUCCACCGCCAGCUCGCUCCCCUCGCUCCUGGUCGUCAUAGCAGCCAUCUUCAUCGGAUUCUUCCUCGGCAAGUUCAUCCUGUAGGCGCGGCGGGCGGAGGGGGAUCUGAUGCGUUUGACUGCCUGACGAACGGUUCCUAAACGAGCGAUCGCACGGCCUGAUGGGAAAGAGUCUUUCUGUUGACGCGGCAGCAGCAUCAUCAUCAUCAUCGUCGUCGUCAUCAUCCCGACAGACGGCCGGCGACUCCAUCUGUUUGUUUUGGUUCACAUGCUGUUUCCUGUCGAGGGAUGAUGUCGGAGCGCAUGAACUGGUUUAUCGGGACGGUCGAGGGCGGAUCUGAUGUCACCGCAGCGGUUGUCUUCCCCCAAACUCCAUUUAGUUUUACUAAAACGAUUGAAAGUGUAAAUGUCAUUUUAACCCUUCACGGUGAGUUAGUGCUGAUGAUGUCAACGGUCGGCCGAGCGACACGGGUGCCUCCUUCCUUCCCAUGUACAUUUGUUCUUCUUCUCUGUUCCUAACAAUACCAAUGCAGACUGUUUUAUUACUGUAAUUAUCAUUUAUUAAUUAUAUUAUUAAUGUACUUUCUCUCUGAACAGCAUUUAUCCACACAAAUGUUCACUGACGUCUUCACUUUACUGUCUCAUACUAGACGACAUUGAAGAAAUAAACAGGAAAAAUACA